AUGACUAGUCCGCCUCAUACACCAGAACAUAAUGGUAUUGCAGAGAGACGUCAUCGACAUAUAGUCGAAACGGGUUUAGCCCUUAUGUCUCAUGCAUCGAUGCCGCGGUCCUACUGGACAUAUGCCUUUGGUACGGUGGUUUAUCUUAUCAAUCAUAGAUCAACAUCAAAAGUAUACACAUCGAGACAUGUUGUCUUUCACGAGUCUGUUUUUCCUUUUGCAACUCCAACACCAAUUCAGAUCGCAGACACCUCUUCAUCGGAAAACAUCACCGAAUAUGCACCAGCGACGUUUCCCCCUGUCACAAUUAUCUCUCCUCCACCGCUUGGACCAACACCACCCCCAGACACCAUCGCCGCUGUGACUACGUCCACAGAAGCUCCAUCCUCAUCAAACGCAGAAGAACCUACUACCGUCACAACCCCGUCAGAACAGAGUACCUCUGUUUCUGAGAAUUCUACGACGUCAAAUACGUCGUCAUCGGAUUCGGGAAACACUGAUCCUACACCAGCUCCCUCUCCGCCUAUGCCAGUUCCAUCUCCAUCUCCAUCUCCGCCUCUGCCAGCUCCAUCUCCAUCUCCGCCUCCUCCUGCACCAGCACCAACACGCACGAGUAACAGAACAAGAAAACCAGUUCAAAAACUGAACCUCCAUACCACUGUGUCACACUUGACGGAUACUAUCCCGGCGACAGUAGCUGAAGCUCUUAAAAAUCCUCUUUGGCGCAAAGCUAUGAUUGACGAAAUUAAUUCACAUAUUCGUAAUCAUACUUGGCAUCUUGUUCGUAAUAUUGAUGUUGACAAUAUUGUAGGUAACAUGUGGAUAUUUACGAUCAAACGUAAACCCGAUGGCUCGGUUGAGCGGUACAAGGCACGAAUCGUAGCUAAAGGCUAUAAUCAACGACCUGGUAUUGACUAUCAUGAAACCUUCAGCCCCGUUGUCAAACCGGCGACCAUCAGGAUCGUGCUUAGUACAGCCGUGUCUCGCAAUUGGCCUCUACAACAGUUUGAUGUGAACAAUGCAUUUUUACAAGGACGGCUUGAGGAUGAAGUCUACAUGAAACAACCCACUGGAUUCAGAGAUAAAGACAAUCCCGACGCUGUAUGCAAACUCAACAAAGCAAUAUAUGGUCUCAAGCAAGCACCGAGGGCAUGGUACAAUGAGCUGCGGACUUUUCUCUUACAAGCUGGUUUCACGAACUCGGUUGCGGAUGCCUCCCUAUUCAUUUAUAACAAAAAUGGAAUCCUUCUCUACAUGCUUGUCUAUGUUGACGACAUCAUCAUCACUGGAAACAGUCCACCUCACAUUUCCCGGUUUAUCGCUUCUCUCUCUCAACGUUUUUCUCUUAAAGAUUUGGGCACUCUCUCUUAUUUUUUAGGCAUUGAGGUUACUAGAACUCAGAAUGGUCUUCACUUAUUCCAACAUCGUUAUAUUGCAGAUUUACUCCAUAAGCUGAACAUGACAAAUGCAAAGGCCGUAACCACACCAAUGGAAGCUAGCUUGUCACUUACGUUACUCUCGGGAACAGCAUUAGAUGACGCCACAGAGUACCGUAUGGUGGUGGGAAGCCUCCAAUACCUGUCACUUACAAGACCAGAUAUCUUUUUCUCAGUCAACAAACUAGCUCAGUUCAUGCAUCGCCCUACAAAUGAGCAUUGGAAAGCCGUGAAGCGUGUGUUGCGUUAUCUCUCCGGGACCAAAAGCCAUGAUAUCUUUCUUCAUGCCAACAACAAACCUGAUCUUCAUGCAUUUACCGAUGCAGAUUGGGCGGGAAAUAAAGAUGACUACACUUCUACUAGUGUUUAUGUUGUUUAUCUCGGAAGUCAUCCUGUUGCUUGGUCCUCAAAGAAACAAACAGGGGUAGCUAGAUCAUCAACCGAAGCUGAAUAUCGAGCGCUAGCAGCAUCCACGUCGGAGAUAUGCUGGAUCUCAUCACUUCUCUCUGAACUUGGUCUAUCAAGCAGCUCCAAACCUGUGAUCUACUGUGAUAAUAUUGGCACCACUUACCUUGCCGCCAAUCCUGUCUUCCACUCCAGAAUGAAACAUAUUGCUUUGGACUUCCAUUUUGUCCGACAAUUUGUGCAAAGUGGUCAGCUCCGCGUCACUCAUGUUACAUCCGCUGAUCAGCUCGCCGACGCGCUCACAAAACCACUUCCACGAUCGCGGUUCCAAACCCUCUCGGUCAAGAUCGGACUCUCCAAAGGCCGUCCAUCUUGA